CGAUGAUGAGGAGAGAAAAGCAAGCUGUCUAGAAAGAAGGACUUGUCUAGAAAGGAGGAGUUCGUUUGUGGCCCUGAAAGGGACUGUGCGCAGAAGCUUCGCGGUGCUCCUUCAUGAGCUUUCACUUUCUUGAUUGGUAGUUAGUUACUCGUUCCAGCAGGAUGGGACAUUCGUCAUCGGACUCCGUUUUGGUGGUGACUGGGGGCAAUCCUCUGCACCAUGACGUCACCUUGCUCAUUAUUCAAGUUGUGCUUAUACUUGCGCUCUCCAACUUUCUCGCAUUCUUCCUGCGACCUCUCAGGCAACCAAGGGUUGUGGCUGAGAUUGCAGGAGGAAUUGUUCUUGGCCCGUCGGUGCUGGGGUACAUUCCAGGCUGGGUCAGCACCCUCUUCCCUGCUUCAUCGAUGCGAAUUCUCGAAACAUUUGCCAGCAUUGGACUCAUCUUCUACCUUUUCCUUGUGGGAGUCGAAAUCGACACUGAUUCCCUGCGGAAGACAGGUGCAUCUGCUGUAGCGAUUGCCCUGUCGGGGAUCUUUGUGCCCUUUGUAAUUGGCAUUGGAGUCUCUUACGUGAUCGUAAUGGCAACGGUGCACGACAGAGAAGUAUCGAUGGCCUUUGUGGUUUUCAUUGGCGUUGCCUUGUCCAUUACUGCCUUCCCAGUGCUUGCUCGCAUAUUGGCAGAACGGCGGCUGCUGACGACGCAUGUUGGACAGGUGGCGAUGUCAGCAGCAGCUGUCAAUGAUGUAGCAGCGUGGGUGCUUCUCGCUCUCGCAGUUGCGCUUGCGAGCUCCACGUCAAACACUUCCGAUGAAACUGCCAAGAGUACAAUCGAAACAACAGCGGUCGGGAUGGUCGUCAAUGUGACCAUGUUCGCCCCGGUGGUCGCUGUGCCAUCGGAUGAGGACAGGCGAAUGCUUGUCAUAAAGGCAGAAGACAUAGCCAGCACAACAAGUCCACUUGAGCCGCUUGAUGUACACCAUCUGGCUCCGAGAGGAGUGCGUGAUGUACAUGUGCAGCACAACUCAGAAGGUCAAAAGACCUCUCCGUUGGUUGCACUCUGGGUGCUGCUUUUGGGUGUGGCUUUUGUGGGCAUGAUGUUCAUUGUGGUGAAGCCUCUGAUGAUCCGCAUAGCAUGUGAGCAGACUGCCAUGGGUUCAGAUCAGCCUGUGAGUGAAGCAUCGGUUGCAUUGAUAUUUGCGUUGGUUCUUCUGUCUGCAUUUUGCACGGACAUCUUUGGGAUUCAUGCAAUCUUUGGUGCCUUUGUCCUGGGCUUUCUCAUCCCCCACAAGAGCGCAUUCGCAAAGGCGUUGACGCAGCGAAUCGAGGACUUUGUCUCCAUUCUGUUUCUCCCCCUCUACUUCGCCUCCUCUGGGCUGAAGACUAGGGUUGCCACUGUGAACAAUGGCACUUCUGUCGGGAUCCUUUUUCUGGUCAUUGCAACUGCAUGUGCUGGUAAGAUACUAGGGACUUUUGUUGCAGCAAGAUUGACUGGGUUGGACAGCCGCAAAGCUUGGGCUCUGGGCGUCUUGAUGAACACCAAGGGACUUGUGGAGCUUAUUGUGCUGAACAUUGGCCUCAGCAAAGGGGUCAUCACAGUUGAACUCUUCACAAUCAUGGUUCUGAUGGCACUUGUAACCACAUUUAUGACCACCCCUCUUGUGAUGUGGAUCUACAAGCCAGCGCGGGGAGCCCUCCCUUACACGCGCCGCAAGUUGGACAUGUAUGCUGCGGCUGGUGAGAAGCCAACGAGUGUGGACGACGGGCUUGCAGUCGGCUAUUCGGAGCCCCCGUCGGCCCUCCGGUUACUGAUCUGUGUGCACGGAAUGCGUAACCUACCUGCUGCAACAAGCCUGACAAGCAUGAUCGCACAAAGCAUGGAGAUAUCGAAUGCCAUUGUGAACAUGCAAGGGAAGCGGAAGAUGCGUUUCGCCGGUAAUCUAUUAGGAAUGUCUAGUCCGUUUUCAAAGGCACCAGGAGCAUCUGAUUCAUCUGCUACUGACAAGAAAUGUCAGCCAGUGCCACAGGGGCAGCAGGAGCAGGUGAUGCCGCAAAGUCCGGCUACUGGUGUGCUUGAUGGUGAUGUCAGCAACCAGCGCAACCCGCAUAAAAGUGGUGGUGAAAGUGAGAUUGAUGUCCAGAAGAUAAAUCUCUCAUUCACACCAAAGAAGGCUUCUGAGACAGCAAAAAGAGGAGUUCUUGAGGCGGGGGUUCCUCUCGAGCUGGACCCACCACCGAGUGGUGGUCCAUCAGAGCUGCAAAUACCUGAAAGGGGGAACUGGCAGGCAGGAGAUGGUGAUAAGGUGGGCAAAGGGGAGAACAACUUACGAUUGGGUGGCGGAGAAGGAUUAUGGACUGAGGAAAGGUCCAAAAGUGUGGCGGUGACUCUCCCCGUCAGUCCUCCAUCCGCCAGGUAUGUCAGGCUGGCAGUGCAAAUAAAAGCAGCAGCUGCUGCUGCGGGCGCCGAAGCUGCCAAUUCAUCAGGAAAAGAUGGGGCCAUGGCACUGGUAACCUCAGUACAGGGGACAGAUUCUGCUUCUGCUUCUGGUCCUGGUCCUGGAGCAGGCACUGAAGGCCACAAGGGACGACCGGGCCCGAGAGACGGGUGCAGCAAAAGUGAAGGUCAAGAAGCUGUCGGCGGUAAGCUUGGCAAUGAUCCCAGUUCCUUAGUCUCUGCGGAUAGCAAUCAGUUUAGCGAUAGAGGAGUUAACCCCCAAAAUGCUGUUGCCUUUCUCAGGCCGGUACGCACUCGACUCAAAGUGUAUUUGCUGCAUCUGAUGGAGCUCACGGAACGGUCUUCAUCGAUCAUGACGGUUUGGCGGGCAAGGCGUGAAGGCAGACCAUUUUGGAAUCGUAAAACGACCAUUGCGGAGGAGUUUGAUGAUGUGGGGAUGCUUUUUGAGGCUUUUGGACGAAUACGCAAGGUUGUAUGUCGCUCCGUAAUGUCUAUCAGCAGGUUUGAAGACAUGCACGAAGAUAUCUGCAUGGCUGCCAUUCAGAAACAAGUUCAGCUCAUCCUGCUGCCUUUCCAUGGGCAUGCAGGGAUGUGGCCAAUAGACUUCCAUUACCACGGCCAUGCCGAGAUGGGGCCCGUUAACCCUCGUUUCCAUCACGUCAAUCUUGAGGUGUUAAGGAAGCCUCCGUGCUCGGUGGCCGUGUUCUUAGACAGGGGUCUGAACCUUCGGCAGCAGCGCGCGGCGAUUGACGAGAUGGAAUCAGCGAAAUCGAAUUGCAACCGGCAAGUGGUGGUUCUCUUCUUCGGCGGGCCAGAUGAUCGAGAGGCGUUAGCACUGGGGAGGCACCUCGCCAGCGCUCCAGGUGUAACGCUGCGGGUGGUACGUUUUGUGCUUGUGGGGGAGAUCAGACAGGGAUGGGAGACCUUUCCAGAAGCACUUGAUGAUGAGAUUGGUGGCAUUGGCUUAUCAGAAAGAACUGGAGAUGCUGCCACAAGGAAUGUGCAGGCUCCAGUGCCGGAUUCAGCGGCAGCGUCCCCUGUGGUGGUGAAGACAGCCAAGGAGUUGGCAGACCCCUUGGCAGCAGCAACGGGAUCAGAAGCAUUGAGUGGUGACCCUAGGAUGUCGCAGUCAAGCUCGUGCAUACAUCCCUUGGAAAUCCACGGAACCCGUAACGAUAAUUGUCAUCCACUUCCAGAUCAGGCAAACCAAUCUUCUGGCAGACAGCAACCAUCUCCCACCGCUACUGUCGUGGACGCCGUAAGGCUGGAGAUGGAGAGAGAGAGACAACUUGAUGACCAAGUCAUUGCACCGAUAAUAGAGGCCAUGCUCGCGCAGAGAAGGCAAGUCCACCGUAGACCGAGCUGUCAAGUAUCAGAUACCCAUCAGCAUUUGCCCUCAUCUAGCAAAGAUCACGGUGGCGGCGGUAAUGAGCUGCAGUGCACACCACGAACACCGAAGAUCUCCAUGGCCUCGCAGCGAACUUCUGACCAACCUUGCACCAACGAGAAUGAGAGGGGUGAUGUCGGGUCUUACCGAGGAGGCACAACAAGCAGCAAUGUUGACGAGAGUGGGUAUGAGAGUGGGAAUUCUGAUGGGCCCUCCCUGAGUGCCGCACAUGAGAGUCCGUGGAACCGGAGGAAGGCAAGGUUGGUUCGCAGGACCGGGGUUGGCACUGGCAGGAGAACGGGAGCAGAUAUCCUACAGCUUCAUUGCCAAACACUCACAUGUUGUGGUGAUCGCUCAGCAGAUGGUGAUAGAAAGCCUGCAAAGGAGGGGGGUUCCACUGUUAGGUGGGGAGACUACAAUCUGGAUGGUGGCGAUGCGGGUGAUGCGGGUGAUGGUGGUGGUGGCAGGGUCCGUCGCCAUCAUCACUGUUCGCAACAGCAACCAUCCUUGCCAAAUGUCUUCUUCCAUGUUCGGCAAUCAGAAAACGCCAUACUUUCGACAUUAGACAUCGCCACCCACAUGCAGCUUGACGGCCAGGACAUGCUGUUGCUGGGUCGUGGUCGACACCCCAGCCGCUUCCACAUAGAGAGUGGGGGAGUGAAAGAGAGAGAAUCUGAGGAUCAGCUCCAUGCACUGUCUUCUGCCAGCGAAGGAAACCAAGAUUCGUGUCAUGUCAAACAAGCCAACCAUCAUGGUAGAGACAAAAGUGGGGGCCAAUAUCACCAUCACCACCAUUACCAUCAUCACUACUUCAAUCAGGUAGCAACAGUUGCUCCGAAUGCAAAGCCAUCUCUCAAACCAACCAAGGAUGUUGUUGGCCAGGGGAGAACGGAGGCCAUGCCGAUAACCUUGAACGGUACAGAAGGCUUGGUGGAAGGUGGGUCUCCAGGGGUAUCUCAAUCACUAGCAGUAAUGAGCGAAAGCGAUCAUCAGGAAUCGCAGCGGGGCUGCAGCACCUGGCAUCGUCAACGUGUCAGCGAUAAGAGCAGCAGGCCGUCGACUCCUCCUGCCACAGGGGACACCAGCACAGGGGGGUCACUCCCGACCCAUACCAACUAUGCUCAUUGCCCAGAGGCACGGGCUGAGGUGGAUGUUCUGGGUGUGCUUGGGGCCGCCAUCGCUAUAAACCACUCUCAGAUACCAUCCUCUCUCCUGGUUGUGCAGCAGUUUGACGCUAACCUACCACAGGAAGCGAAGGUGCCGAAACCUCACCAAGUUCACCAUCAGUUCUUUCACCACGACCAUUUGGACUUCCUUCACCAUAUGACCGACGAUGAUCACCAUCAUCACCACCAUCAUCAUCAUCACCACCACCGCCGUUCCCGCCAUCACUCCUCUUCGUCGGUUCCAGUUACUCCAGGUGAUGUAUAACUAUCACUCAUCGCGAUCAUCCUUGGAUGUAUAUAGAGAGUCAUAUGCCACUUACACU